CGCGAUACCGCGUACAGCUUGGACGAUCGGGAAACCUUUGUCGCCAAGUACCUCAAGCCGACGACGCCCGUGGCCAACCUCGCCAACAUCUCCGAGAGCCCCGAGUCUUCGGCCGUCAAGUUUGACGACAACGAAGCAGAAGACGCAGCAGACGAAGACGAAGAAGCAGAAGACGAAGACAGCAUGUCGGUGCACGACCUCGUCGACGACGACAUUCCGCGCGUCCACAACGACGACGACGACGAGGCGGCGCACGAAGAGGACAUUCAGGAAGUCGACACGCUUGUGACGCUAGGAAUUGCCAUGCUACAGAAAGGGUCGGCAAGCGGCGCAGUCGCGGCGUUCGAACGGGCGGUGGAGCUGCUGCCGCGCGACCCGCUUCUCUAUUCGUACCUCGGCAAAGCGUAUUAUGCGGACGAGGACCUCGACCGCGCCGUGCUGGCGCUCGAGCGGUCGCUGGAUCUGGUCCCGUCCGCCGCCAACUCGACGCUGCUCGGCAAGAUCCUCUUUGAGAAGGGCGACCAUGACAAGGCCAUUCUCGCCUACCAGAGGUCGCUGGAGAUCCAGCGGGGCAACUAG